AUGGACUGCACUUUUGAAGAUAUGCUACAGCUAAUCAACAACCAGGACAGUGACUUCCCCAGUCUCUUCGAUUCCAAUUAUGGGGGGUCUGCCCCUACCUUCCAGGAUGUUGGCUCUUCUGGGGGCCUAUCCCCGCCCCCCAGCUCUCUUGGCUCCACCCUGGACAACUUCUUGGGGAGUAGCACCAAGGUGCCGACACAGGUCAAAAUGUACCAGCCAACACCUCCCCCACCUCCUUCAAUGACGGGCUUCCAGCCCCCACAGCUGAUGGCAGGUCCUGACCUGAGUCAAGCCUCCUCUGGCAUCAAGGAAGAGCCCAUGCAACUCUCCAUCCUCCAGCCUUCUCCCCCUCAGCUUCUCUCUCAGCCUGUGCUGGUCCCACCACCACCACCUCCCCAGCCCUCAGCC